AUUUUUACGCACCUUUACAUUACAGAAAAAUGCCCAAGGCAUCGAAGAAGAAGCAGAGAAAGGCAGAGGACUUUAAGAAGGUCAAGCUGAAGGUCGGCAAAAAGAAGGCACCGCCGACUAAUGCGACCGACACGUCGUUCACGUCAAAGUCGAUCACGCUCGGAGCCCAAUCGAUUACGGCUGACAAGACAGCAGCUCUGACAAACUCGCGCAAACUGACGCUCAAGGAUGUGCUGACACAGAUGCGGCAUUAUAGUGCAGUGAAUCGCAAGGACGCAGUCCUGGGCCUGACCGAUUUUCUGUCGCUCCACCCAGAGGUACUGAACACAGAGCUUGGAUCGAUUGUCGACGGGACAGUGAAGCUAAUCGUGGAUAAUGAACCGGCGGUGCGCAGGGUAUUGCUGAAGCUUUACUCGACAUAUCUGCCUGAUAUCCCGCGACGCGAAUUGGCGCCGUUCAUGCCGUUGAUGGUCAUUUUCACUUGUUCGGGCAUGACGCAUAUUCUGGACGAUAUCCGAUCCGACGCAGUAAAGUUCCUGAACCUGCUGAUUGAGCUGGCUCCGCAAGACCUGUCGCAGUAUGCAUCAAAAAUUCUGCCCAAUUUCUUCAGCCUGCUGGAAACCAGCACGCAGUCUAAUGAAGAAGCGCGAGGCUCGGCAUCGCUGAAUUCGCGGGCUAGUCUACUGACCAAGGGAAAUCGGCUUGAUAUUAUGCGUAGCUGCUAUAACUACCUGAAAGCCUACACAGAUCCGCUGCUCAGAAGCGACGAUCCACUCGGGUUUAUGUCGCCAGAUGUGCAGGACCCAUCCCACCAAAGCAGAGAUGAUGAGGAACACCACUCGUGGCAGUACCCAGACAGCAGCCUGUACUUCUAUCCAAAUACGCCGGCGCCCUUUGCGCAUCUUAAUCUGUUUGGCGAAAGUGUCGGAGUCGGUGCGUUGUCUGAUGCAACCAGCGGCGAUGCCAAUGCGGCGAUUCGGGCGCAGAGCAAGGAGGCAUUUACGAGGCUGUUCCAGUUCCUGCAAGCGACAUGGAUGGAGUCGUCGACCAUGUUUGGUACGAACCAGAUUUCAGACGACCAGUCGCUGGAUCUGUGCGGAUUUGUGAUGCGGAUUCUACGGACACUAUGGCAGGCAUCGUACCAGGACGGCAUUCCGCUCGCCGACACGCAGCUGUUUGCGUUUGCGCGGCAAUGCAUGGUGCAUUUCCCAUUUGGCGGUGCUUAUGUUGGCAACAGUGUAGUCGAAGAGUCGCUGCUGGCGAUGAACAUCAGGGUGUGCGAACUGGUUGCGCUGCUCAGGUCGGGUGCAGCCGAGAGUUCCAACGAGAAGGCGGUGGCCGAGGUCGGCAAGUGGACCAAGCGCUGCGUCAAGUUCAUUCUCGCCACGCUCGGAUUCAAGCUGGGCAAGACGCAGGUUCAGGUCAGCGCUUCGUUCCGGCACGAGCACUUUGUCGAGCUGCUGCCGGUGGUCUGGCGCUUGGUGCACGGCGGCAACAACAAGUAUGCCGAUAAGCUGCUAGUGGCCGUGAUCCACUAUGCCGACGUGUGCCCGUUAGCGUCAGCCAACAAGACGCUGUGCAUCCGGUUCCUGCGAUCCAUCAUCGAGAUCCAGUGGUCCAGGGCUUCUACAGACCGUGUUGUUGUGGGCACGCAGGGCCAGCUAUCGGGGAUGCUGGCGGGCUGGGCGCUGGGUCUGCCUAAGCUGCUGUGGCAGCUGCGCGACAAGAAUUUUGCUGCCAGUCGGGCGGCCAUUGAGACGCUGCGGCUUAUUAACCAGCGCACCAGGCUGCUGGAUGCGCAGCAGGUCGACACACUGCAGUCCAGCCUAGUGACGCUGUUCUGCGUGACAGUGCCAAGCAAGGGGACGGUGUUUGGGCCGUUCAAGCAGUACCCGAGUGAUCUACAGUGCGCGGUUCUUGAGACAGUCCACUACUGCCCGCGGCGAUCGGAGAGGCUGGCACAAGCCAUGCAAGCGUGCCAAGAUGGCAUUGCGGGCGGCAGAGUCAAAGCCCUGCUUGACGAGCUCGUGGCCGCGCCUGCCGUGUGCUGACUAAAAAAGAGAGAAUCAAUAAAAU